AAAAGCCUUAUUUUGUGUUCAGCUUGGGGGUAUUUUAUGAUGCCACAUCUAAAAAUAUACAAAUACCACGUGAAUCAAAGCAGAAAACUUCCACAUCCGUGACAGGAGACUGAUAAAAAUUGAUCAAACCUUCAAGGAGGCUAAGAGAAGGAAGGUGUAAUGGUGCAAGAGAUAAAAGUCUUCAGUGUGCUGUUAGCUGUUAGUCACCUGAUUAUAUAGGACACGCUUCACUUUUACUCAGAUGAGAUAUUGAUUUAAUCUAAAGAAAAACGUGUGUAGCUCUCUCCAUGCUGCUUGGAAACAAGAGGAAGAUGUGCUCUUCUGAAACUCACUGGCAACUUCACAAAAAUGUAAUGGCUGAUGUUAUGAGUGUCGGAACUUUAAAAGGUCUCAGGGGCCAGAUGGGGUUGAGAAACCUAUUUUUCUCCCACUUUCACAAACACUCUCUCAGUCUAUCUCUCUCUCUGUUUCGUCAUCCCUCCUACAGAACUCUAGCGAGCACAGAGCCUGGUUAAUCAUUGCUCCUAGUUGGUGGUAACUUGCAGAAAGUGGUGCAGGCAGACUGGUGUGGGAAACGAGUCUUUGUGUGUGUGUAUGUGGGAAGAGAGAGAGGAGGGAAACCCUUGUCUCUUACUGGUGUAACACUCAUGCUUUAUGCAAGAGCAUGUGCUCGACCACAUGCAUGUCAGCCUCUCUGCCAUCCUCGGACGCAUGCUUAAAGCACUCACAGAAUGAUGCCUUUCCAUGGCAGUGUGGCGAGCAUAACUAGGACCCCUUAUGAGGUGAAAACCCUUCCCUGGCCUGCAGUAUCACCUCUGAGAACCAACAGCAGGAAUAAGGGAUGUCACGGCUGCUCCUUCUUUUGGCAAUACUCAUUGUCUACUGCAGCAACCAGGUGUCUCCUGCUGCUACGUUGGAUAAGCUGAAGGAGAGUUGGAAACUGUACAUGAUGGAGUGUGACCACAAUAACAGCCGUGAACCACCAAGCGCAGGUCUUGUGUGUAACAGGACCUUUGACAAUUAUGUCUGUUGGCCUGAUGGACUCCCCAACACCACUGUAAGUGUGGCAUGUCCGUGGUAUCUGCCGUGGCACCAUAAAGUUCGGCACGGUAUGGUGUAUCAAGAAUGUGACGCAAAUGGCCAGUGGGUGACAAUGAAGAACACCAGUGAGUGUGAUUCAAAUGAUCCGAGUCAGCAGUACUAUGGCCAUAUUCAGGUCAUGUACACAGUGGGCUAUUCCUUAUCACUGGUGGCUUUGGUGUUGGCGCUUGGCAUCCUCAUAUUCUUCAGGAAACUGCACUGCAUGAGGAACAACAUCCACAUGAAUCUGUUUGCCUCCUUCAUCCUGCGAGCGUUGUCUAUCCUCAUUAAGGAUGCUCUGUUGAAGGCUACCAAUUUCACAUCGCAGGACCUCAGCAGCGACCAGGAGCAGGGUUUCCCCCAGGCAUCGAUGCCUCCAGUGGAGCUGCUGGUCAACAAUGAGAUGACGAUUAGCUGUCGCAUCGCCGUGGUGAUGAUGCAGUACAGUAUCAUGGCCAACAGCUACUGGUUGCUUGUGGAAGGCAUCUACCUCCACAACCUCCUGGUCAUCACUGUGUUUACAGAGAGGAACUACUUCAAAAUCUACCUGUGCAUUGGCUGGGGUACCCCACUGAUAUUCCUUGUGCCCUGGGUGGUAGCUAAGUACCUAUAUGAAAAUCAAGAGUGCUGGGAGCAAAAUAUAAACAUGAAUUACUGGUGGAUCAUCCGCUCUCCAAUACUACUGGCAGUUGUGAUCAAUUUCCUUAUCUUCAUUCAUAUCAUCAAAAUUCUUGUGUCAAAACUUCGAGCGCAUCAAAUGAGAUACACAGAUUAUAAAUUCAGGUUGGCUAAGUCGACUCUAACCCUGAUCCCUCUGCUGGGUAUCCAUCAGGUGGUCUUUAUCUUUGUGACCGACGAGUCCACCAAGACCACCAUCAGCUUGCGUCUCACCAAGCUCUUCAUUGACCUUUUCUUCUCUUCCUUCCAGGGUCUCUUGGUGGCCAUCUUGUACUGCUUCGUCAACAAAGAAGUGCAGUCCGAGAUCCUGAAGAAGUGGAAGCGCUGGAAGCUAGGGAGGAACAUCGAGGAGGAGUACCGCCACACCUACAGCAACACCCCUAACACAAAGACAGCCAGCCUGUUGAACCAUGUCUCCGGACUGCCUCAUCUCCCAGACAUCGCCAAAACCUCUGCGCCGGUCUGCACCCCUGAGGAGAGGCACAUGCUUGUAGGCGGAUGCUACAAUGGUACAACGGUACACAAUAAAGAGGCGGACCAGUGCGCCUCCCCGCUACACAAGGGAACCAUCAGUAACUGCACCCUUGUGGAGGACAUCAGCCUCACAGACAAGGUGCAAUGUUAUGAGGGUCAGAGGGAAAACAUCGAGAGCCACCUGUGAAAUGUGCUUGGAACGUGAACUUGAUGGAGAAAGCUGGAGAGCCUUGAGCUCUCAUCUGGCUCUGACAUACUGCCCUGGAUGACUGUGAAGAGCUGGGUUGAUAGAGUCAUCAGUCAGAACGGUCUUUGGCUAGCGAUCAGCGUCACAGGGAGACUGAGCAGCACUCAGUCCUCUCCACAGCCUGAGAAUAUGGCAGACGUCUACGCUGGGACGUCCGACGUGCUGUGAGCCUCGUGACUGGAUUUCUGUAGAUGUUUGUCAGAUACUGCAACAAACUAGAGCAUGUUGAACAAUGCAACAACAGCAUCUCAAGGCACGUAAGCCAUGUAAAAUACUUCAGAAAAAACUCCCAGCAACCUCAAACUGCAACAAAGGCAACAAAAACAAGACAAAACAGCAAAAAGACACAGGGUCUUUGCCGGAGCCUCUGCUUUCAUUUGUGAUGUGUAUCAAAUGUGUGUUUUGUGGUACUGAAGGUUAAAGACAAACUGGACAUUGAACUGCAUACACAAAAAAAAAAAAACAAAACAAAAAAACACCAAACAAGUGAUACAAAA